AUGGGGGCUAUUUUUAAAGAAGAGGAAAUCCAAGUUGCACUUUCAUUGGAUCCCCGCCUCGAGUACAACCUCAUCCGUGUCCCCAUGGCCAGCUGCGACUUCUCCCUUCACGCCUACACCUACGACGACGUCCCCUUCGACUACGAGCUCGCCCACUUCAGCCUGAGGGAUGAGGACACCAAGCUGAAGAUCCCCAUCCUGCAGCGAGCCUUGGCCAUGACCAAGAGGCCGCUGUCCCUGUACGCCAGCCCCUGGACCUCUCCAGCCUGGAUGAAGACCAGCGAGUCCUUCAUUGGCAAGGGCACGCUGAAGGGGCAGGCCGGGGACAAGUACCACAAGACCUGGGCCAACUACUUUGUACGGUUCCUGGAUGAAUACGCCAAGCACAACCUGACCUUCUGGGCUGUGACAGCGGAGAACGAGCCCUCAGCCGGGCUGAUCAACAACUACCCCUUCCAGUGCCUGGGCUUCACGGCUGAGCAGCAGCGGGACUUCAUCGCGCAGGACCUGGGCCCCGCGCUGGCCAACAGCUCCCACCGUGACAUCCGGCUCAUCAUCCUGGAUGACAACCGGCUGCAUCUCCCGCACUGGGCCAAAGUGGUCCUGGAGGAUGAAAAGGCAGCCCGCUACGUCCAUGGCAUCGGCAUCCACUGGUACCUUGACUUCAUUGGUCCCAUACAAGACACUGUGGUGCCCACUCACGAGCUCUACCCCGACUACUUCAUCUUGGCCACAGAGGCGUGCAUUGGGGCCCACUUCUGGGAGAGGGACGUCAUCCUGGGCUGCUGGGAACGGGGGAAUCGGUACAGCCACAGCAUCCUGACGAACCUGAACCACUUUGUGUCUGGGUGGACUGACUGGAACCUGGCCCUGGACCUGGAGGGGGGCCCCAACUGGGUCAAGAACUAUGUGGACAGCCCCAUCAUCGUGGACAGCAGUGAAGGAGUCUUCUACAAGCAGCCCAUGUUCUACCACAUGGGGCACUUCAGUAAGUUCAUCCCAGAGGGCUCCCAGCGUGUGGGGCUCGUCGCUUCCAAAGAGUCCAAGAAGACCGACCUGGAAUACGCAGCUUUCCUGCGCCCCGAUGGUGCAGCAGUGGUUGUGGUCCUGAACAGGUCCCCGCAGAACAUAACCUUUGGGCUGGCUGACACGGUCGGUCUCAUUGAGGCCACGGCUCCAGCCAACUCCAUCCAGACCUACCUGUGGCGACGGCAGUGACCGGGCCAGCCACAGUCUGGACCAAGAAGGACUGGGACACUGUGGGACAGCAGCCCCUUGCCACCCAGGAGAUGCGGAGGAGGUGGCUCACCGGUGUCUGUGCUGCAGCACAGCUGAGCGCCAGGGCUGGGCAUGAUCCAGCAGGCUCCUGCUGUGCACCAGGACUGGGUGGGUGCUGUGGAGGAGGCGGAGGAGUGAGCUGGACUGUAGCGCACCGUGCGUGUGCGGGAGGGCUGGGGGCACUGGUGCCCUGCAGGGUGGAGAGCCUACAGGCUGUGAACACCACUUCUGCUGCUCUGACAUUAAACGCUGCUUCCGUCUC